UCAACCCUUCUAAGACGAAGCUUGUUAACGUGCCCACCAACUACGCUUGAGGGCUGAUACAAUGAGCUUGUCUCUGUUACAGGGCUACUCGUCGGAAGGGGAGGUCGACGAUCGGGAUUCCCUUCUUCCGGGCAGUGACACCGACGAUGCAGUCCGGGAAGAGGAGACUACCGGCAGCCACGCCCAGUCCUCCACCACCUCCCACGACCUCCCGGAGACGCGUUUGCCGUCCGCGGCAGAUGCCUUCUCCAUCGUAACAGGGCCGCCGGAAUUCCUGAAGAAUUGCUUGGCGGAGCAAGUUACUCCUGCGCAAUCUGUGGAUAGGAGGGGAAGGAAACAUGGAUCGAACCGGAGGUCAAAGGAGCCACCUCCCGGUGGUGUUGUUGAAGCCAAAGCCCAGUUGGUUGGUUUCCAUGAAAGAGUAAGAAAUGAUCUUGACAGCUUAGCAGCACAUUUGUCAACAAAGUCUGCAACUGGAGAGGGGAAGCAAAAGCAUGGUGUUACUUUGCCUGGACCACAGGAUGCGGCAGACCUUCUGAGAAUGUGCUUGCAGUGUGGAGUUCCAAAAACGUAUACCAGUGCACGAGGUGUUGUGUGCCCAAUAUGUGGUGACCAGCCACCUAACCCUGAGAAGGAAACUGAAAGGAAGAGGUCAACAAUAAAGGAUAAAGAGAAAAGCAAACGAAUGAAGGGCCAGUCAAGUCAUGCAACAUGGAAAAGUGAGACAGAGAUGCAGUUGCGCCAGCAGUUUGAUUAGAUUGACAAUUAGAAGACUGCUGCACUGCAGAAAUGUGUAAGAAAAUUUCUGGUAUUAAAUGCAUAGAAGUUGUGACAUAAGAUGAUUUGUUGUUCUAGCAAAAUACUCAACCAUGGCAAUGAUAGAUGGAGGAGGAAAUGCCAUUCAGGUGAAGAUUGGAACCUACUCCUGGGGCCUGUGGAAACCAAAUUUUAGACUUGGUUUUCAAUCUUAACCAGGUUUUCUAUCUAAAA